CGCUGUGGAGCUGUCAAACCGGGCAUGCUCAGUAGACAGGGCAGGUUUUUUGGUCGCGAGUAGCUGAGAAACAUUUUUUGCACCAGCGGCAGCGGCAGCGGCAGCGGCAGCAGCCUCAGCCUCAGAGAGCAGCAGCAGCAGCAGCAGCGGUGGCACUGGUAGCCGCCGCCGCCGCAACAGCAGCAGCGGCGGUCUUUCAGGCAGCCGCAGCAGCCCUAACCGGGCGAGCUUCAGCGGAGCCUCUGAGUUCACCUCCGAGUCACCCAGCACCCAGAGCUCCAGCUCUCCUCUCCUGCCUUCUUUUCUCCUGUCUUCUCCUCUCCUCUACUGAGCGUGUCCUCUCUUUCUCCCUUUUCUCUCCCUCUUUUUCUCUUUUCUCUUUCCCCUCUCUUCUUUUUUCUUUCUCUCCCUUUCUUUUUUCGCGUUUCUUUCUCUUCUCUCUCCCUUUUCUUCUCUCUUUCUCUCACGCACGCAUACUCAAACACAUAUUGGAAGAUUCAUAGACUUAAGCAUACACCACAGACUCUCUUUCUCUCUUUCUCUCUCACUCACUCACUCACAACACACACAUACACACACACACACACACACACACACACACAUACACACAGACACACACGCGCUCACACACCCGACCGAUUCUGACACUUCGAGCUCGAGCGCUUUCCUCUUCCUAGCUGCUGCUGGAGCUGGGCUCAGUCCCUGGCGUAGGUGCCAGAGGGAGGAGGAGGAAGGAGUGCCGAGAGUGAGGAGAGAACAGCCCCGGCUCUUGCCCCGUGUCCCGUGCCCCUGCCCCUGUCCCGGCCGCUGCCGCCUCCCUCUUUUCCUCUUCCUCCUACUUGGCACCUCCGGGAUGCGGCCAGCUGAGCCGCCACCGUUUCCUCUUCGGCAGCCGCAGUAAUGUGGAUUUAUAGUCGCUCCUCUCUGGAGGCUGGCCAGUCCCCAGCACAGACCUCGGCACAGGCAGAGGCAUCGGCGCACCUACAACUCUCUGGGCUGGGCAGAGGCCGGCGCCGCUGAGCACCUGGCAGUUCAGCCCAAACUUGAUUUCGGACUCGGGAGGUUCAGGGAACCAACCUCCUCAGGUGCUCCGGAACUUUGACUCUUUCCUGAUCAAAUCCAUUUUCUGAUUUACACCGGCCUAGAGGACUGCCCACGAUAAGGUGUCGGGUUUUUUUCAUUUCCUGACAUUUGAGCUUUCUUAAUCAAAGAUGGAGCAAAUGGACUGUAAGCCCUACCAGCCUCUGUCCAAAGUCAAGCAUGAAAUGGAUCUAGCUUACACUAGCUCUUCAGAUGAGAGUGAAGAAGGACGAAAACCGGGACAACCCUAUAACUCCCGUGAAACUCUUCACGAGUAUAACCAAGAGCUCCGUCUCCAUUGUAACAGCCAGAGCAGAAAGAGGAAGGAAGUCGAGAAAUCUACUCAAGAGAUGGAAUUCUGUGAGACUCCCCACAUUUUGUGCUCAGGCUACCAGACAGACUUGCACGGUGUAUCUCAACAUGGCUACCAGUUAGAGAUGGGCUCUGAUGUGGAUACAGAGACAGAAGGUGGCACCUCUCCUGAGCAUGCCUUGAGGAUGUGGAUGAGGGGAAUGAAAUCAGAACACAGUUCGUGUUUAUCAAGCCGGGCCAACUCUGCACUGUCCUUGACUGAUACUGACCAUGAAAGGAAGUCUGAUGGUGAAACUGACAUGCCGAAUAGCCCACACAACCAGUUUACCUUCAGACCCCUCCCACCACCGCCACCACCUCCACAUGCAUGUACCUGUGCCAGGAAGCCACCUCCCACAGCGGACUCUCUCCAGAGGAGGUCAAUGACUACUCGAAGCCAACCCAGCCCUGCAGCACCGACUCCUCCAACCAGUACCCAGGAUUCUGUGCAUCUGCACAACAGUUGGGUCUUGAAUAGCAACAUACCGUUGGAGACAAGGCACUUCCUAUUUAAACAUGGAUCUGGCUCUUCAGCUAUCUUCAGUGCAGCCAGUCAGAAUUACCCUUUAACAUCCAAUACAGUUUACUCUCCACCUCCCCGGCCACUUCCAAGGAGCACAUUUUCUAGACCUGCCUUCACUUUUAACAAGCCUUACAGAUGCUGUAAUUGGAAAUGCACAGCCCUGAGUGCCACUGCCAUCACCGUGACUCUGGCUCUGUUGCUGGCCUAUGUGAUUGCAGUACAUCUGUUUGGCCUGACUUGGCAAUUGCAGCCAGUUGAAGGACAACUCUACGAAAAUGGAGUUAGCAAGGGAAACCGAGGGACUGAAUCAAUGGAUGCUACCUACCCACCAAUCGGGGGAAAGGUUUCUGAUAAAACAGAGAAAAAAGUGUAUCAGAAAGGACGUGCUAUAGACACAGGAGAAGUUGACAUUGGAGCACAAGUCAUGCAAACCAUCCCACCUGGCUUAUUCUGGCGAUUUCAGAUCAUGAUUCACCACCCAAUCUAUCUGAAAUUUAACAUUUCUCUAGCCAAGGACUCUUUGUUGGGAAUUUAUGGAAGAAGAAAUAUUCCACCUACCCAUACUCAGUUUGAUUUUGUAAAACUGAUGGAUGGAAAACAGCUCCAGAAACAGGAUCCCAAGAACUCGGAGGACUCACAGCCCAGCCCAAGGAACCUGAUCUUAACCUCCCUGCAGGAGACAGGCUUCAUAGAGUACAUGGAUCAAGGGGCUUGGUACCUGGCAUUCUACAAUGAUGGAAAAAAGAUGGAACAAGUGUUUGUGUUAACUACAGCGAUUGAAAUAAUGGAUGACUGCUCUACAAACUGCAAUGGAAAUGGAGAGUGUAUCUCUGGCCACUGCCACUGUUUCCCAGGAUUCCUUGGCCCCGACUGUGCAAGAGAUUCAUGCCCUGUGCUCUGUGGUGGAAAUGGAGAGUAUGAGAAAGGACACUGUGUCUGUCGGAAUGGAUGGAAAGGGCCAGAGUGUGAUGUACCUGAGGAACAAUGCAUUGACCCAACCUGCUUUGGCCAUGGCACCUGCAUCAUGGGAGUUUGCAUCUGCAUGCCAGGAUACAAAGGCGAAGUCUGCGAAGAAGAGGACUGCCUGGAUCCAAUGUGUUCUGGCCAUGGCAUCUGUGUCAAAGGAGAAUGUCACUGCUCCACUGGCUGGGGAGGAGUCAACUGUGAAACUCCUCUUCCUGUGUGUCAAGAGCAGUGUUCCGGACAUGGGACUUUCCUUUUGGAUGCCGGAGUCUGCAACUGUGAAUCCAAGUGGACGGGGCCUGACUGCUCAACAGAACUCUGCACCAUGGAUUGUGGUAGCCACGGAGUCUGCUCCAGGGGAAUUUGCCAGUGUGAAGAAGGCUGGGUAGGACCCACUUGUGAGGAGCGCACCUGCCCUGCUCAUUGUGCUGAACAUGGACACUGCAGAGAUGGGAAGUGUGAGUGCAGCCCAGGCUGGGAAGGAGACCACUGUACUAUUGCUCACUACUUAGAUGCUGUCCGAGAUGGUUGCCCAGGGCUGUGCUUUGGAAAUGGGAGAUGUACCCUGGAUCAGAAUGGUUGGCACUGUGUAUGUCAGGUGGGCUGGAGUGGUACAGGAUGCAACAUUGUCAUGGAAAUGGUUUGUGGAGACAGCCUGGACAAUGAUGGAGAUGGUUUGACUGACUGUGUGGACCCUGACUGCUGCCAACAAAGCAACUGUUACAUCACCCCUCUCUGCCAGGGCUCCCCAGAUCCCUUGGACCUCGUUCAGCAGAGCCUACCUCUGCUCUCCCAGCAUCCUCCUCAACUCUUCUACGACCGAAUCAAAUUCCUCAUUGGCAAAGACAGCACUCACGUCAUUCCUAGAGACGUCUCAUUUGACAGCAGACGUGCCUGUGUGAUCCGAGGCCAAGUUGUGGCUGUGGACGGGACACCUCUAGUUGGGGUGAAUGUCAGCUUCUUAGGCCACAGCGAUUAUGGAUAUACUAUCAGCCGGCAAGAUGGAAGCUUUGAUCUCGUGGCCAUUGGAGGGAUUUCUGUCACUUUGGUCUUUGACCGAUCACCAUUCUUGUCUGAAAAGAGGACCCUCUGGUUACCUUGGAACCAGUUUAUAGUAGUGGAGAAAGUGACCAUGCAGAGAGCUACUGCUGCUUCUCCAGCCUGUGACAUCUCUAGCCUGAUGAUCCCAAACCCAAUUGUGCUCCCUUCUCCCCUCACAUCAUUUGGAGGGUCUUGCCCCGAGAGGGGGUCUGUUGUUCCAGAGCUCCAGGUUGUCCAGGAGGAGAUCCCCAUUCCGUCCAGCUUCGUGAAGCUGAGUUACCUGAGCAGCCGAACCCCAGGCUACAAAACCCUGCUCCGAAUUCUACUGACCCACUCGGCUAUCCCCAUGGGGAUGAUCAGGGUGCACCUCACUGUGGCCGUAGAAGGACGUCUAGUACAGAAGUGGUUUCCUGCUGCAAUCAAUCUUGUCUAUACAUUUGCCUGGAACAAAACCGACAUCUAUGGGCAGAAGGUUUCGGGCCUAGCAGAGGCAAUAGUGUCAGUAGGCUACGAGUAUGAAACAUGCCCUGACUUUAUUCUCUGGGAGAAAAGGACGGUGGUUCUACAAGGGUUUGAGAUGGAUGCUUCUAAUCUAGGAGGCUGGACCUUGAAUAAGCAUCAUAUUUUGAAUCCACAAAGUGGAAUUGUGCAUAAAGGGAAUGGAGAAAACAUGUUCAUUUCCCAGCAGCCUCCUGUCAUCGCAACCAUCAUGGGCAAUGGGCACCAGAGAAGUGUUGCCUGCACCAACUGCAAUGGCCUGGCCUACAACAAUAAACUUUUUGCUCCAGUUGCCUUAGCAUCUGGCCCAGAUGGCAGUGUUUAUAUUGGGGACUUCAAUUUUGUAAGAAGAAUAUUUCCAUCUGGAAAUUCCAUUAGUAUUUUGGAAUUAAGGAACAGAGAUACCAGACACAGCACCAGUCCUGCUCACAAAUACUAUCUGGCUGUGGAUCCAGUGUCUGAAUUCCUUUACCUCUCAGACACAAAUACAAGAAGAGUCUACAGGUUGAGAUCUCUUGGAGAAACCAAAGAUCUGGCUAAGAAUUUUGAUGUAGUGGCGGGAACAGGUGAUCAGUGCCUUCCCUUCGACCAAAGUCAUUGUGGAGAUGGAGGGAGAGCAUCAGAAGCUGCACUCAACAGCCCUAGAGGUAUCACAGUUGAUAGGAAUGGUUUCAUUUACUUUGUGGAUGGCACCAUGAUUCGGAAAAUUGAUCAAAAUGCUGUGAUCACAACUGUCAUUGGCUCAAAUGGACUGACAUCCACACAGCCAUUGAGCUGUGACUCGGGAAUGGACAUCACUCAGGUGCGAUUGGAGUGGCCAACAGACCUUGCAGUCAAUCCCAUGGAUAACUCAUUGUACAUCUUGGAUAACAACAUCGUCUUGCAAAUUUCUGAAAGUAGGCGUGUCCGGAUUGUGGCUGGGCGGCCCAUCCACUGUCAGGUGCCAGGGAUAGAUCAUUUCUUAGUCAGCAAGGUGGCGAUCCAUUCGACUCUGGAAUCGGCCAGGGCCAUUAGUGUCUCUCACAGUGGAAUCCUGUACAUUGCUGAAACAGACGAGAGAAAGGUGAAUCGCAUCCAACAAGUCACAACCAAUGGCGAAAUCUCUCUAGUUGCUGGAGCCCCCACGGACUGUGACUGCAAAAUUGAUCCUAACUGUGACUGUUUUUCAGGUGAUGGUGGCUACGCCAAAGACGCAAAACUCAAAGCCCCGUCUUCAUUAGCCGUUUCCCCCGAUGGUACUCUCUAUGUGGCUGACCUGGGGAAUAUCCGAAUCAGAGCUAUACGCAAGAACAGAGCUCAUCUGAAUGACAUGAACCUCUAUGAGAUUGCCUCCCCAGCUGACCAAGAACUCUAUCAGUUCACCGUCAAUGGAACUCACCUGCACACGUUAAAUCUGAUCACCAGGGACUAUGUGUACAAUUUUACCUACAAUAGCGAUGGAGAUUUAGGAGCAAUUAUUAGCAACAAUGGAAACUCCGUUCACAUUCGACGGGAUGCUGGUGGGAUUCCUCUGUGGCUAAUGGUGCCUGGGGGUCAGAUGUACUGGCUGACCAUAAGCAGCAAUGGUGUCCUAAAAAGAGUAUCCGCCCAAGGUUAUAACUUGGCCUUGAUGACCUAUCCAGGAAACACGGGCCUCCUGACAACCAAAAGCAAUGAAAAUGGAUGGACAACUGUUUAUGAGUAUGACCUUGAGGGCCAUCUGACCAAUGUCACUUUUCCUACUGGAGAGGUCAGCAAUUACCACAGUGACCUGGAGAAGCUCACCAAAGUGGAGCUGGACACUUCCAACCGAGAAAAUGUCAUCACAGCCACCAACUUUACAGCCACGAGUACCAUAUACAUUCUAAAACAUGAUAAUACCCAGAGUACCUAUCGUGUGAGCCCCGAUGGAUCCCUCCGGGUUACCUUUGCAAGUGGCAUGGAGAUCACUCUCAACACUGAGCCACACAUUCUCGCUGGGGCAGUCAACCCCACCUUGGGCAAGUGCAAUAUUUCCCUGCCUGGAGAGCACAAUUCUAACGUUAUUGAGUGGCGGCAGCGGAAGGAGCAGACCAAAGGCAACAUGUCGGCAUUUGAAAGGAGGCUACGGGCCCAUAACAGGAACCUGCUCUCCAUAGAUUUUGAUCACAUAACCCGCACAGGAAAAAUUUAUGACGACCAUCGGAAAUUCACCCUCCGGAUUCUUUACGACCAAUCUGGUCGUCCGAUUUUGUGGUCUCCCGUCAGCAGAUAUAAUGAAGUGAACAUCACCUAUUCACACUCGGGACUAGUAACUUACAUUCAAAGAGGGACAUGGACUGAGAAAAUGGAAUAUGACCAGGGUGGAAAGAUAAUUUCACGAACCUGGGCUGAUGGGAAAAUAUGGAGCUAUACUUACUUAGAGAAGGGCAGCAUUCUAGAUGCCAAACAGGCCCUCUACUCCAAGGAAUCUUUGUAUAGCCCUUCUACUGUGACGGCCCAAAGUACAAAAUCUGUGAUGCUCCUCUUACAUAGCCAGAGGCGUUACAUCUUUGAAUAUGACCAAUCAGACUGCCUCCUCUCAAUCACUAUGCCCAGCAUGGUGCGCCACGGCUUACAAACAAUGCUUUCAGUGGGUUACUAUAGGAAUAUCUACAGUCCUCCAGACAGUAGCACUUCGUUCAUCCAAGACUUUACCAGUGAUGGACGACUCCUGCAGACACUUUACCUUGGGACAGGGCGCAGAGUUCUCUACAAGUAUACUAAACAGUCCAGAUUGUCCGAGAUUCUCUAUGAUACCACUCAAGUCACAUUUACAUAUGAAGAGUCUUCUGGAGUGAUUAAGACAAUACAUCUGAUGCAUGAUGGAUUUAUUUGUACAAUCAGAUACAGGCAAACAGGUCCUCUUAUUGGACGCCAGAUUUUCCGAUUCAGCGAAGAAGGCCUUGUGAAUGCCCGAUUUGACUAUAGUUAUAACAACUUUCGGGUUACCAGCAUGCAAGCUGUCAUAAAUGAGACCCCUCUGCCGAUAGAUCUGUACCGUUAUGUUGAUGUUUCUGGAAGGACAGAGCAGUUUGGAAAAUUCAGUGUCAUCAACUAUGACUUAAACCAAGUUAUAACCACUACAGUCAUGAAGCACACUAAGAUCUUUAGUGCCAAUGGCCAAGUCAUUGAAGUGCAGUAUGAAAUCCUGAAGGCCAUUGCCUACUGGAUGACCAUCCAAUAUGAUAACAUGGGCCGCAUGGUUAUAUGUGAUAUCAGAGUAGGAGUUGAAGCGAACAUAACAAGGUACUUUUAUGAAUAUGAUGCUGAUGGUCAGCUUCAGACUGUCUCUGUGAAUGAUAAAACCCAGUGGCGUUACAGUUAUGACCUGAAUGGGAACAUCAACCUACUAAGCCAUGGAAAUAGUGCUCGCCUGACUCCUCUCAGAUAUGACCUCAGAGACCGCAUCACUAGACUCGGAGAAAUUCAGUACAAGAUGGACGAAGAUGGCUUUCUACGCCAGAGGGGAAAUGAUGUAUUUGACUAUAAUUCCAAUGGCCUACUGCAGAAAGCCUAUAAUAAGGCUUCCGGCUGGACCGUGCAGUACUACUACGAUGGGCUUGGGCGACGGGUUGCCAGUAAGUCCAGUCUAGGACAGCAUCUCCAAUUCUUUUAUGCAGAUCUUGGCAAUCCUAUCAGAGUUACUCAUCUGUACAAUCACAGCAGCUCAGAAAUUACGUCACUUUACUACGAUCUCCAAGGCCACCUCAUUGCAAUGGAGCUGAGCAGUGGGGAAGAAUACUAUGUAGCCUGUGACAAUACAGGAACCCCGCUGGCUGUGUUCAGUAGCCGAGGGCAGGUGAUAAAAGAGUUACUGUACACGCCCUAUGGUGAUAUCUAUCAAGACACUUAUCCAGACUUUCAAGUCGUCAUUGGUUUUCACGGAGGGCUUUAUGAUUCCCUCACGAAAUUAGUCCAUUUGGGACAAAGAGAUUACGACGUACUUGCUGGACGUUGGACAACACCUAAUCAUCACAUAUGGAAGCAUCUGAACACAUUUCCAAAACCAUUCAAUCUCUACUCAUUUGAAAAUAACUAUCCUGUUGGCAAAAUACAAGAUGUUGCUAAAUACACCACAGAUAUUGGAAGUUGGUUGGAGCUAUUUGGUUUCCAGUUACACAAUGUUCUGCCUGGAUUUCCAAAACCAGAACUAGAAAGUGUGGAGUUAACCUAUGAGCUUCUGCAGCUUCAAACAAAAACUCAAGAGUGGGAUCCUGGCAAGACUAUCCUGGGUAUUCAAUGUGAGUUGAAAAAACAACUUAGAAGUUUCAUUUCCUUAGACCAACUUCCUAUGGCUCCCAGAUAUAGUGAUAGGAAAUGUCUCGAAGGAGGAACACAUCCCAGGUUUGCCGCUAUUCCGUCUGUAUUUGGAAAAGGUAUAAAGUUUGCCAUCAAAGAUGGCAUUGUGACUGCAGACAUCAUAGGAGUAGCCAACGAAGAUAGCCGCCGAAUUGCCGCCAUCCUCAAUAAUGCUCAUUACCUGGAAAACCUGCACUUUACCAUUGAUGGGCGGGAUACUCACUACUUCAUUAAACUCGGCUCUCUGGAGGAAGACUUGGCUCUUAUAGGUAACACAGGAGGGAGGCGGAUUUUGGAGAAUGGUGUCAAUGUUACUGUGUCCCAGAUGACUUCUGUGAUGAAUGGGAGGACUAGACGCUUUGCAGAUAUACAGCUCCAACAUGGUAGUCUGUGCUUUAACAUUCGGUAUGGGACAACUGUAGAAGAGGAAAAGAAUCAUGUGUUAGAAAUUGCCAGACAGCGAGCUGUUUCCCAGGCCUGGACUAAGGAACAGAGGAGGUUGCAAGAAGGGGAAGAGGGGAUUAGGGCAUGGACAGAGGGAGAGAAGCAACAGCUUUUGAGCACUGGGAGGGUCCAAGGGUAUGAUGGCUAUUUUGUCUUGUCUGUUGAGCAGUAUCUAGAACUUUCUGACAGUGCCAACAAUAUUCACUUUAUGAGACAGAGCGAAAUAGGCAGGAGGUAACAAAAAAAAUCUCUGCCUUUGCGUCACCAAAGACUGCCUGUUUUUAAAACAUAAAAUGGUUUAUUGUAUUGGUUUUCUAGAUCAGAACUCUGUAUGUGUAAAUAUGGAGGAAAAACAUAUCCAACUGCCUUUCAAUGUGACAGAAGAUGGUAUUUUAACAUUGUUUCUUUAAACUCUUUAAGAAAUGACAGAUAAGAUUUUUAGUUCUCGUGUGGCAGUAUUCAAAAUACCACAAGUACAGCUCAAAGAAAGCCUAAAUUUUCAGAAAGCACCACUCUACAUUUGUCGUGUUGAGAGUGUGUUGAGAUAACAAAUGAGAGAACCCAAGGUUCUAUUUCUCUAUUGUGACAUGCUGUUUCAUCUUUAACUGUCAAGCUAACUUGCAUACUAUUUUCAAAGUUUCUUCAAAGUCUUUACAUUUCUAAAGACUGCUGACCAUUUCACAUUUUACAGAGCUGUUAUAGAAAACUUCAGAAUCAUCAGUAAGAAAAUGUCCUCAGACCUCAUCUAUCUCUCUGAGCACAUUUCCCUUUACUCCCUGGAAGUAAAUGCUAUGUAUGUUGUACUUAUUGAGUGCUGUCUAACGCUUUUCUGUGGGCUUAGUAGUAGUGUCUAUAUGAUACCAAGCAUCUGGCCAACUCACUCUUUCCAAAUCGGUCUGUCUGGAUUCCAGUUUUCACCAGACUGACCAGGUGUAUUGGCAUUGCAUAAACACAAUCUUUGGUCAUUUAUUAACCUGACUGGGACAUCUCGCAUUUCUGUAUUGGGUUUGUUCAUGGCAUCACGCCUGAUGAUGCAGAGUUCCUACUGUGCUAAAGGCUUAAAUGUACUCAGAAGUAAUUUGCGUAGGAAUUUGAAACAGCUGUAUGAGGUAAUCGAAGUGCUUAGAAAGAGUACAUGAGACCUAAGAGCUGAAAACUAGACAUGGUGCUUAUUUACUUACUUACACAAACUGCCAUCUAUGGUGUAACUAAUAUACCAAAGGCUAUUAACAUGCCAAACUCCCAAGAGAAGAGGCACCAAACCAGCAUCCUAAUGGUUGGCAUCAUGUGCUCCCACUUCCACAUUUAUCUUUCCAGUUUUAUAGCUAUUCCUUGAACAUUUCCCAACCACAUUUAUGACAUUUAACAAAGCGAAUUCCAAAGCCUCUCCAGCCCAAGUAUUUCAAUUAAUUGGAGGGUGGGCAGAUUUAAGUCAUAAAUCAUUGAUUUCGUUUGCUUCAGCUCUCUGCCUACUUAUUUAAUCAGCCCCCCCUUUAUGGGAAUAUGGCUAUUUUCUAAGAAGGUUUUGGCUCACUUUGGACUUGGAAAUAUUGAGCCAGGAUCACUUAUUUUUUUGCCACGACUCUUGCUUGAAAAGAAACCACUUAGUACACACACAAUCUGGAAGAUAUUGCAUCAAGUGGCUAGAACUCUAAGUACGGAGCACUCCAGUGUGACUCCCAAGCCAACUUCAGAGCUUUCAUGAGGCCAGAGAGUUUAGGGUGUACAGCUAUAGUUGGGCAUGUUUCUGGCUACCCACUUGCACGAGGUGGUCCUUACCCUCGUUUUUUGAUGACAGAUUCUUUUCAAAACAUCUCCACCUAGAUUAUACAAUCACGUAAAGGUUUUCACAAGAGCCGAACCAAGUGAAGGCAAGGGUCCACAGACAGGAGAGUGAGGCUGUGUCCAAACGUUCAUUUCCAAAGUCAUCGGGUUGGCAUUAAUUACCAUUCCAUUCUUACACAGGUGUUUAAACUAAGAGAGGUCCUGCCCUCUCAUCUGUGUUUGUUUGGAAGCUCACAAUUUUGAAAGACUGCUAAUCCAGACCAAUAUGAAUGGUACAGCAUUUCUUCAGGAUGGAAUACUAGAAUUUCUAAGGAACCAACUUGUUGAAAAUUUGAAUACUUCCACACCAGCCUAAAAAUGGACCUUCAGUUCGUAGAGGCUCUGAUGUUCUUUCAAACAAACAAAUGAAAAUUUAAUUUAUCAACUCUUAGAGCAAGUGCAUUCAUAAAUUUGACGAUGUAUUUUAUCACUGAUCCAAAUGUCGAUAUUAGAGUCUAUUUUCCUUAUAGUUUAAGCAAUCAUAGUUUUUUGCAAUUCACAGAUGUAUCAAACUGCUUUAAAUAUCCAUUAGAAACAAUUAGUUGAAGCUUUUCCUUAAGAGUAAUUACCUUGUAUUGUUCAUUUCUCAUUUGUAAUACAUAUUUCAUUAGCUUGUGCCUUUAGUUUCUUAAAGUUAUAUUUGUAUUCUAUUCAGGAAAUGCACUUUCUAUUACUUAAAGCUGUGGUUUUAAUACUGCCUUGAAAUACCACUUUCCUCUUUCCUACCCCAAAAGGUUAGCAUUAGUGGGUAGUAUUGCUAACAGAUAUUUUAGAAUAAUUUCCAAAUGAGAAGGUUUAUUUGCCAUAUACUCAAUGGAAAAGGUAGAAGGCCUUUAUUGUGCAUUCUUUGGAAAUUUGAAAGAGUCCAAUUGCAUUUCCUGAUGAAAGUGGAAGCCUUACACAAAUUAUUCAUGAGAGACAGGGGAGGGAGAAGCUAUAAAGCCAAGCACCAUUCAACUAAGUUACUGGGAGAGACUAUAGCUGGAGUCUCUCACUUGAAAGAAACAGGCUGAGAUGGAGGCAGAGAGUAAAUACUUCUUCUCCAUGUUUGUUUUUGCCAGCCAGACCACCUUCGUUUUUUCUCUUUAAAAAAUUGUUUUUGCACUGAACAUUUUUCAAGAUCCAAUUGAGCAUCAAAAUGCCACUUUAAUGGGCAUCUAGAUAGUUAUCUUUACAUUGCCAACAUAAGGACUGUGGAUCAGCAGCUGCAUGACUCCACAAAAACACCAGAAAACUUUUCACAUCCGCGUUACCUUGACGGUAACCCUCUCCCAUGCUAAACUAGGUAAAUGUCUUCUUUUAACCCUGCUAAAAAAACCAAUAUGUAAAAUAACUUUCCUUUACCGCCAGUUUAUCUAGGAGACCUAGACUAUAUAUAAAUAUAUAUAUUAACUAUAUUAAAAAUAUAUAUCUAUAACCUACACGACAUAGACAAGUAUACAAAAAGUUGACAGUGCAUAAUUUGGUAUGCUAACGGCUUAGAUGGACAGUUAUAAAAUUUCCUGAUUUUAAUGCCUUUUCUUUUUAUCAUUUUCAUGCACAUUUUCAAGCAUUUCUUUAUGUGCAUUCUAUGCUGCUUCAAACAAAAUUUUCCUGACCACCCCAGGCCCUCAUUGUACUUAGACCUGAGAUACAGGCGGGGCAAAGCGGUUGGUUAAGAUGCAAAGAUGCAUUCACAUCUGAUGACAAGCAGAAUAAUGGUGUUCAGUGAUAACUAGCCAAGGUACAGGAACCAAGCACUGCGAGAAACAUUUGGGAGCAUUUAGCUAUCUCAGUUUGUGGAAAAACAGAAGCCUACAGACUGGAUGAAAAACACUCCUUGGUUUGUUUUUGGUUUUUUUUUUUUUGGAGAAAUUCAAGUAAACAUAGCUGACCUGUCUAGUAAUUCAGAUCUCAGAGUGCUCUUCUACAGCCUACUAUAAGGUAUGCGGGGCGGGGGGGUGGGGGGGAAUGAAAAUUCAAUCACACAACAGUGACUUAUUUCAGAGUGUCCUUCAUACAAAAGCUAUUUAGGACCAAAGUAUAUGACUUUGUGUAAAAGGAAGCAACUUCCUGAACAGUAACUGAAAAUACUUUGAGUUCAACUUGCUGUGGAGUUCGUCUUGGCGAUUGUCAUCUUACAUUAUUUGUCAAAGAAAAAUGUGUUUGGCAGUUUCAAAUCUUUCCUUAGAUUUAGUGGUGGAUUUUAACCUCUUAAGUAAAUGUUAGUAUAUCAGAUUGUGUCCUUGAAAAAUAUUUUACUUGUAUGAACCAUGACGAUGUCUAAAUCUUAAUAUUCUUCUGGCAAAAGUAUCCGUGAGAAAGUUGAAGCCUAGCCUUUAUGUCACAAAACUCUUUCUUUUUAGCUGCUUACUUUCUCAUGAAAAGUAAAGAUGUUUACAGUGUAUGCCAAGAUUUUCCAUUUCAAUAUAACAGUUAGAGGUUCUAAUCAUACUGAAAAUUGUGUUUUCAUGGCCUGAGCCACUGUUGCUAGGAAACAAUAGUUCCAAUUUUGUAUCCUGCUCUAACUCCUGUGCUCAAAAGUGACUGGAUACUGUACAGGUUCACGUUUGUUGUAUGGCUACAGUUACAUGGUCUUUUGCAUUUUGCUCUGGUUUUAAAGCCAGAAGCAUGCAUUUUUCUACAAGAGCAUCACAACAACAUGGUGUAAAUAUUUAAGGUUAAUAUUGUGUGUCGAUAUUUGAAAGAAGUACUUUGAAUAUUUCAUUUGUAAAAAAUAAAACUGCAAUCAUAACA